GUGGCAACAGUGACGCAACACAACAAACUCAUGACUCGUGAGCCCGGAAGUAGAGAAUAAAUUUCAACUGACUUCUGUGCUCGUCAAAAACCCUCGGUUGCUUGUUUUUGGAUACUCUUAACGAGCUCGCAUUGCACUUGGUUGCCAUGGCGUCUCCGGGGGGACAAGGAGGAGGAGUUCUGUCCACAAGAGGAGGAGCUCCAUCCAGGAGGAUGAAGUGGGCUCUGGAGCUGAGUUUAGGCAACACCAGGUGUCGUGGCGACCGUCAGGGAGGUCAAGGAGAUGUCAUUUAUCCAAUCGGAUAUUCCGAGAAGCCGGUCCCUGACACCAGCAUCCAGGAGACAGACAAGAACCUGGUGGAGAAGCGGUGCUGGGACGUAGCCCUGGGACCCCUAAAGCAGAUCCCCAUGAACCUGUUCAUCAUGUACAUGUCGGGAAACACCAUCUCCAUCUUCCCCAUCAUGAUGGUGUGCAUGAUGGCCUGGAGGCCUAUACAGGCACUCAUGUCCAUGUCUGCAACCUUCAAGCUGUUGGAGAGCUCCAGUCAGCAGUGGUUGCAGGGUCUCGUCUACCUGGUUGGCAACCUGCUGGGCUCGGCGCUGGCCAUCUACAAGUGUCAAUCAAUGGGGCUGCUGCCCACACACUCGUCUGAUUGGCUGGCUUUCAUUGAACCUCCUCAGAGGAUGGAGAUCAUGGGCGGAGGUAUGGUCCUGUGAAUGGCCACUAUUUUUGGCAAUGUACAACAGAUGGAGGUUUUGCUGUGAUGAUCACGGCGAGCCUUUUUUGUGAUAAAUGAACAGCUGGAUGUGCAACGAGGCUUUCUGCACGGCCACUUUUUUGUUUUCACCCCCUUUGCCGUGUUUUUUGUUUUCAGCAGCACCAAUUUUCACCACUUAAGCCCAACAUUGUGCUUUGCUUUCAUGUUUUGGGAGCAAACAUCCUCUUCACAUGGAGAUGAAAUUGUGUUCAUUCUUGUCAUGAUUUUAGCAUACAUGUCACUAACCUGUUUAAUUUAUCAACCUCUUCUAAUUUAUACUCAUUUGUGCUAAUGAAAUAAAUUCAUACUGAUUUCAAA